AUGGAGGUGCAGUAUCCAGAAGUGCAGUACCCAGAGGUGUGGUACCCGGAGGCGCACCCCAGUGCUGCCCCUGCCCUCUCCCCCAGACCCACACCCUCUGCAGGGACCACCCCCUCCAACACUCUUCAUCCUGCACCCACGGCCCCUUGGCCAGCCAUCCCCUGUGGCCCCCCACACCUGCCACCAGGCAGAGCCCAUCCAGGACCCCCUGUGUGA